AUGGCCCAUUUUAAUCUUUUAAGAACAUUUUUUGGUGCUGGUAUCCUCGGCCUACCGUUAGCAGUCAGUCAAGCUGGUAUCAUACUUGGCCCAAUAAUGACGAUGUCUUUAGGAUUUUUAAUAAUGCAUAUGCAUGCCACAUUGGUCCUGUCACUUGAUAAAGCUUUAAAAGACCCGAGCGUUUUGACGAAAACUUUCGGAGUGAUCAGAUUCGAGAUGGCCAUCAUAACGGUAAUAUUAACGAUUUUUGGAGCUUUGGGCUACUGGUCUUUCGGUACUAUGGAGGAGAACGUGCUGAGGUCUCUGCCGUUUGACGAUGAUACAGCAAUGGUAGCAAUAGGAAUAUAUUUAGUGUCGAUAGCAUUCGCUUAUCCCAUACAAUGCUAUCCAGCGAUUCAAAUAGUAAUUGAGAUUAUAAAGAACAGGGAUGUUCCCGACCCUCCAUCGAACACGACGUUGAAGAAAAUUGAGUGUAUAGCAAGACCAAUUUUCGUCAUAGCCACUUUUAUCGUGUGUUAUUUCAUACCAAUACAAGGUGCGUUCGUGGCUUUUGUGGGAAACCUCUGCACUACUUUAAUAGCUUUAGUAUUUCCGGCUCUUAUGGAAGCUUGUAUUUUAUACCCGGAUCAAUUUGGAAAAUAUAACAUAUAUUUAAUAAAGGACAUCAUUAUAAUAAUAUUCGGCCUCACUGCAUGGUUGUUGGGAGUUGCUUUGUGCGGUGAUCUCAUUUACGUUAGAAUCCGUACUAUGGAUGCUAUCAACAAUUAUUUGGAGUAUUAG